UGCCGACGACGAGCGCGCCAGUGUGCAUCGAACGCAUUUUGCAACGUUGCGUUAAUUGUCGUAGUCGACAUAUCCGCGACGAUCAUCUUGAUUUCCGGCUUUCCGCUGCAGCGACGAGCUCAAGGAGGAUAAACCGCGAGAUGAAGCACUUGGCGAUCGCGUUGCUCGCCCUGGCAAGCCUGGUUUCGGCCAAGCCUGCAUUCCUAUCUCUACCAUUGACGUACGAGAGUCUGACAUCCGGAGGGCAACUUGCUGCGCACAGCGGAGCACUGGACAACCCAGAAGUCAACGGGAGAACACAACGUGUGCUCGAUGACAGGGUGAACCUGGCUGUGAACGAAGUCCCGCGCUCGCAAGUGCCAGCCCUGCGACUGUCAUCUUCGCAUGUCAACAACGGCCCGUCAAGCUUCACAUCACCUGCACCUCUGGGUGCUGAUGGCAGGGUGGUGGACACCGCGGAGGUCGCAGCCGCGAAAGCAGCUCACGCUGCCGCUCACGCGAACGAACGCCUGAAUCUGGCGAACGAAGCAGCGAGAUCCGAAGCCGCUGAUGCGUCGGACUCGUCCGAGGUCGCCGAUAACAGCCCUGCAGCGGCCGAUGGCGGAAUUCCGGACGCUCCGGAAGUCGCAGGCGCGCGCGUGAAUGAGAAAAUCAAUCUGGCAGGCGAAGCCGUGAGGCCUAGCGACGCCUUGACACGAAUUGCAGACGCUAAUGGUGCGGUGGUGCCGUUGGUGCUCGACAACGGCGUCGUCGUCGCCGCCGCUUUGGUGCCGCUUGAUCCCGCUGGCAGGCUGUCGGACUCGACGCAGCUGCCUGUGAACGGCAAUCGGAAGAGCGUCGUGUAAGGAAAGAGU